AUGACUGCACCAGAGAUAAGCCAAUUUGUCACAUUAAAAAACAGGAUACCCUCAGAUAAAGGAUUAUAUUGGGGUUAUUUUAACGGCCAUGCUAAUGUUUAUCUAAAGGGCAAGUGGCAAGAGAAGACUUGGUUUCUGUGUGAUAAAUAUUUGCCAUAUGCCCUUGGCGGCGGUUAUGUUAUUUCUCGCAGUAUUGUAGACUACAUAGCCAACAAUUCAAAUUUACUAAGUUAUUACAAUUCAGAGGAUGUCUCCAUGGGUGUAUGGACAGCUGCACUAGACAUAAAUAGGGUUCAUGACAUUAGAUUUGACACCGAGUGGAAAUCAAGAGGUUGUAAUAAAACAAUGUUGGUGCGGCACAAGCAAUCGCCUAGUGACAUGUUCGAAAUGUACAAGAUUUUAGUGCACACUCACGGAGAAAAGCUUUAUUCCGCAAAAUGUAAACAGUGUGAUAAAACCUUUUCACGAAAAGGAGGUGGCACUACUUCGCUUAAACUUCAUCUUAAAUCAAAACACGGUGAUAAGUACGAAGAACUUUUGUUACUAGAAAAAGAUAUCCAACAAAUACCACAUACCACGAAACAGCUGACACCAUUACAAGAGUGUAAAAAACAGCUGUCAAUAACAGAUUCUUUAAAAAAUAAAGGCGCCUGGGAUGAAAAUGUGUGGUCAGAGCCCAGCUCAAAUGUAUCGUUACUUAGUCUUACUGCUCAUGGCAUCACCAAUAAAUAUGAAAGAGUUUCUAUAAUACUCAAGUGUGAACAAUUAGAGGGUCGGCACACAGGUGAAAUUAUAGCAAAUAAUUUAAACAAUAUUUUGAAAGAUUGGGGCUUAAGCACGGAAUCAGUUCAUUGUAUUUUACGCGACAGAGGAUCUAAUAUGAUAAAAGCUAUGAAUAUGGCCAAUUUCACUGAUGCAAACUGUACUAUUCAUCAACUACAAUUAUGUGUGCGAUCAACGAUGGAAAUCGAAGAAUUUCUCUCGUCAGUAAUUACGAAGUGCAAGAAAAUUGCAACUCACUUCAAUCACUCCCUAAUCGCGCAAAAUGAAUUGAAACAAAUUCAAACAGAAAGACUGAACCAAUCAGGACUAAGUAUAAUUCAGGAAUGUUCCACACGAUGGAACGCGACGUAUUAUAUGAUGAAAAGAAUAUUGACAUUAAAAGACUCCUUAGUACUGUAUUCGGGCGCGCAUGAUAUACCAAUUCUUAAUGCUGAUGAAUGGCUCGACUUGAAAAAGUGUGUUGCAAUACUAAAGCCGUUCGAAGAAAUUACAAAGGAGUUAAGUAGUGCUACUGCAACAAUAGCAUCAGUGAUUCCAUUAAUAUAUACUCUUAAAAACACACUAGAAACAGAGAAGAGUAAAGAAGAGACUUCUGAGAACUUCAAAUUAAUGAUUACGAAAAUGAUCCAAGACAUCAAUGUCAGAUUUCAGGAUAUUGAAAAUAAUAAAAUAUAUACAAUAGCUACUUAUCUAGAUCCACGGUUUAAACUCAAGUUUUUUACUGAAAUUACGAAGGAACAGGUACAGUCUGAGAUUCUGGGGAUUCUUGGGUGUUCAAAAGCUUCUCGUGAUGAAGGUCCUUCUUCACCUAAGAGAUCACGGAAUGAGAUUCCGACAACAAGCUCAAGCAACUAUUCACACAUUCAAUCUUGUCUAGCUGAAAUAUUAAGCUUAAGUGACGAGGAAGAGCAAAACAUAGAUUGUGGUGAUGAUGUGCACAAUCAAUUUAUUGUUAAAAAGACAUUACUAAAUGAAUACAACAGGGAGAAACGAUUGACACUCAAUGAAGAUCCACUUUUAUGGUGGAAAAUGCAUACCAAGUACCAUUGCUUAAGUGAUUUAGUAAGACAGUACCUUUCUCCACCUCCUGGAAGUGUACCAAGUGAGCAGCUUUUCAGUGCAGCUGGGUUAAUUUAUGACCCCUUAAGAAAUCGACUUUCUGGUGAUAAGGCUGCGAAAUUGCUUUUUGUUAAGUAUAAUUUACCUUUGCUUAGUUUCGACUAUUAA